AUGGCCGAUGAAUGCAUUGUGAGAGUUCGUGGUUUGCCAUGGUCCUGCACCCGGGAAGAGGUACUGGAGUUUUUUUCAGCGGACUGCUCUAUUGCUGAUGGAGCUGGUGGCAUUCAUUUCACAAUGUCCAAGGAAGGUCGUCCUAGUGGAGAAGCCUUUAUUAUAUUGGAAACAGAAGAAGAUCUUAAAAAGGCCCUAGAAAAAGACCGGAAAUAUAUGGGUCACAGAUAUAUAGAAGUUUUCAAGUCAAACAACACAGAAAUGGAAUGGGUCUUAAAACACAGCAAUGCUGGUGACUCUGAGUCCUCCACGGAUGGAACUGUGAGGCUUCGCGGUCUACCCUUUGGCUGCAGCAAAGAAGAGAUUGUGCAGUUUUUCUCAGGGUUGAGAAUCGUGCCAAAUGGGAUAACAUUGACGGUGGACUACCAGGGGAGAAGCACAGGGGAGGCCUUCGUACAGUUUGCUUCAAAGGAGAUAGCAGAAAAAGCUCUGGGGAAACACAAGGAAAGAAUAGGGCACAGAUACAUUGAAAUAUUUAAAAGUAGCAGAAGUGAAAUCCGUUCAUCCUAUGAUCCACCUCGAAGAAUGAUGGGAGGACAGCGUCCAGGUCCUUAUGAUCGACCAAUGGGUGGCCGUGGUGCCUAUUACGGAGCUGGCCGAGGCAACAUGUAUGAUCGUAUGCGAGGAGGAGGAGGUGGUGGCGGCGGUUAUGGUGGUGGUUAUGGUGGAUUUGAGGAGUACAGUGGCUAUAACAACUAUGGUUUUGGAGAUGGCUUUGAUGACCGACUUAGAGAAAGCAGAGGUAUGACUCAAGGUUACCCUGGAACAAGUGAUGGUGGCACAGGUUUUCACAGUGGGCAUUUUGUUCAUAUGCGGGGCUUACCUUUCCGUGCAACAGAAAGCGAUAUUGCCAGUUUCUUCUCCCCACUUACACCCAUCAGAGUACAUAUUGACAUUGGGGCAGAUGGAAGAGCCACUGGAGAAGCUGAUGUGGAAUUUGCAACACAUGAAGAUGCAGUAGCAGCCAUGUCCAAAGAUAAAAACAACAUGCAGCAUCGAUACAUUGAGCUAUUUUUAAACUCUACUGCUGGUGGUGGUGCUGGAAUGGGCGGUGGAAUGGGUAGUGGAAUGGGAUGCUAUGGCAGAGAAACUUUAGAUGGUACUGGCUAUGGUGCAGUUGGCAGAAUGGGAAUGACGGGUAACUACAGUGGAUGUUAUCCAAAUCCAGAUGGUCUAGGUGGUUAUGGAAGGGGCAAUUCUGGAAACAGUGGGGGCUACUUUGGGCAGCACGAUAGCAUGGGUACAACUGGAUGGCGUGGAAUGUACUAG